CGCGUUUAUUUUUGAACGCGAGAAAACCACUCUUUCGCACUAUUAUGACGGAUUCAAGAUGGAAAUAAUUUUGAACAACCUGAAAAAUCACCAUGGCCACACAGCAAAAACUGCUAGCGCUCUUUGCAGGCUUGAAGUUUGAAGUUAUUCCAUCCAGAUUUGAGGAAACACUUGACAAAACCGCUUUUAAGUAUCCUUUUGAAUAUGUCUUGGAGAAUUCGAGACAAAAAGCACUAGAGGUGGCUGGGCGAGUCAAUAAGAGUGAUAAACCCACCUUGAUCAUUGGAUCUGAUACAGUUGUUGUCUUAGAUGAAGUUAUUCUUGAAAAACCAAAAGACAAGGAAAAUGCAUAUUCAAUGUUAAAAAGUUUGAGUGGUAAGGAUCAUGCAGUAUUCAGUGGGGUUACUCUUUUACAAAGAGAGGGUGCCAAAGAACCCUGCAUAACCCAGUUUUAUGAGGAGACAUUGGUGUCAUUUGGAACAUUAACAGAUGAAGUGAUCCAGGCAUAUAUUGCAACUGGAGAGCCAAUGGACAAGGCCGGAUCAUAUGGUAUUCAGGGAAUUGGUGGCACACUGGUCAAGUCUAUACAUGGCGACUACUUCAAUGUCAUGGGAUUUCCUCUGUAUCACUUUUGUGUUCAAAUGAGAAAAUUAUUUUCUGAUAAUAGUAGCUAAAGCUUAUAUGUAGUUUUUAUAUCCAUACAAUGAAUAAUGGAAAUCUUUCCUCUCGCCGAAACGCUCCACUCGCCAAUAAAAAAU